AUGUUACCUAAAAGCGACAACCCAAAAAGAAAAACAGUGGUUCGCCAUGGUCUACAGACGCCGCCUAGGACAGAUGGUAGCUUCCGAUGGUCACAGCGGCGAGGGAGAAACGAAGAAGAUGGAGAUGGUAGUGGAGCAGGUGGAAAAACCCUCAAACCUAGAUCGCCACUUCAAGCAUACCGCCCUCCUAAUGAAAUCAAUUUGAGGCAUGAAGAAAUCGAUUUCAGGUGUUACAAGGAGUCUAGAGGAGGUUGUUUGGUUUUGCUUUAA